CCAACCAAAGAAGAACCAUCAUCUCCCAAAAUUGUUCUCUCCUCUUCUCAACCUACCCGUAAAUACUCCACUAGAACUGGUGUUGCCAAAGAAGUAGAGAUAUUGAAAGCAGAUUAUAUUAAUGUUAAUGAUUGUCGUGUUCGUCAAAAUACCCUCUGGGGUCCAAAUGGGCAUGGAGUUGUAGAAGUUAAGGCUAAGGACUUUUUGCAAGGCAUUGCACAAAACAUUGUGCAAUGCGAAUCAAUAUUGUUGAAAGGUAGAAACAAUUUUUUCAAAAUCAUUAUUGAUUCUGAAAAUGGAAAUCCAACUUCAAGCUAUCAACGUCAUUGGUUGUUGUUUAUG